AUUAUUGCACGCAAACCGGGUGUAAACAGAUACCAAAUCGGUCUCUUGGAUCCCUUGAUGUCCCUUUUAAACAAAUUCUGGAGCCAUGCAACCAAUUAUGGAGUUCUCAAUCUGCGUUAUUGCGUUACCUUAUGUUAUUAUGA